AUGUUCAUCUUCUGCAAUCCCUUUCUCGACGGACCGUGGCGCGCGAUCCUGCUUGCUCCGACGUUAUCUCGUUGCCUCAUUAUCCUCGGCGAUGGAAACCUCCUCAAAUCUCAGCGCUUUGCUUUUGACCCAACAGCGGCCAAAUUUCCCCUCGGAUUCGUCGCAACAGGUCUCCACUGCGGUGUCAAGAAGGACCCCUCCCGCCUCGAUUUGGGCGUCAUCAUCUCGGACCGCCCUUGCUCCGCCGCGGGCACCUUCACCCGCAACGCCUUUGUCGCCGCACCCGUCGUCGUGUCCAAAGAGGUGCUCGCCAAAGGGCGUGGAAUUGCCCGAGGUUUGGUCGUCAACUCUGGGUGCGCUAACGCCGUCACGGGGUCCCAGGGACUCAAAGAUGCUCGCGCCAUGAGCGAUCAACUCGAUUCGUUCCUCGGCGAGUCAAACUCGUCCUCCGCGACGGGGACCCUCGUCAUGUCGACCGGCGUGAUCGGUCAACUCCUACCGAUCAAGAAGAUCCUGAACGGUAUCACCUCAUCGACCGCGACGUUGGGAUCGACCCACUCGGCCUGGCUCGAUGCCGCAAAGGCUUUCAUGACGACCGAUACGUUCCCCAAGUUGCGCACCCGGUCCUUUGAAGUCGGCGGCAAGGAAGUCAGGAUGGUCGGCAUCGAUAAGGGAGCAGGGAUGAUCCACCCCAACAUGGGCCCACCGCACGCGACACUGCUCGGCAUGAUCGCCACCGACGCCGCCGUCACCCCCGCCUCGCUGCAGGACGCGCUCACGUACGCCGUCGAUCGCUCCUUCAACUCCAUCUCGGUCGAUGGCGACAUGUCGACCAACGAUACGAUCGUUGUACUGGCCAACGGAGCCAGUGGAUCGGUCGAAAUCUCAGAAAAGGCGACGCCGGACGAGUACGUCAAGUUUAGGGAUCAACUGACCGACUUUGCGGCGGAGUUGGCCCAGCUCGUCGUCAGGGAUGGUGAAGGCGCCGAAAAGUUUGUCAAGAUUACGGCCAAGGUGAGGAGUCGAUAUGUGAAUUGAGACUCCGAAAAAGGACACUGACAGGUGUCGGGACUGCAAUGCUCAUCAUGACAGGGGUCACCGACCUACGAAGCCGCGCACAAGAUUGCCUCGACGAUUUCUACAUCCGCCCUCGUCAAAUGCGCAAUGCACGGCGAGGAUGCCAACUGGGGCCGCAUCCUCUGCGCGGUCGGGUACUCGAACCCCGGUUUCGACAUCGACCCAACGAAAGUGACCGUCUCGUUCGUCCCCGUCGACGGUUCGGCCGAACUCAAGCUGCUCGUCAACGGGGAACCCGAACAGGUUGACGAGGCGCGAGCGAGCGAGAUCCUCAAGAGCGAGGAUCUGGCGAUCCAAGUCGAUCUUGGGCUCGGGGAUGAAAGCGCAACGUACUGGACGUGCGACUUUUCGCAUGAGUAUAUCUCAAUCAAUGCUGGUGAGUGA